AUGUCGACUGACAAGAUCACCUUCCUGACGAACUGGCACGCUACGCCGUACCACGCUCCCCUGUACCUGGCCCAGGCCAAGGGCUACUUCAAGGAUGAAGGCAUCAAGGUUGCCCUUCUUGAGCCCAAUGACCCUAGCGAUGUGACCGAGAUCAUUGGCACCGGAAAGGUUGACCUUGGCUUCAAGGCCAUGAUUCACACCCUUGCGGCCAAGGCCCGUGACUUCCCGGUUCUCUCCAUCGGCAGUCUCCUCGACGAGCCCUUCACCGGAGUGGUGUACCUCAAGUCGUCGGGCAUCACGACCGACUUCCGCACGCUCAAGGGCAAGCGCAUCGGCUACGUGGGCGAAUUCGGCAAGAUCCAGAUCGAUGAGCUGACGUCGCACUACGGCAUGUCGCCGUCCGACUACACGGCCAUCCGCUGCGGCAUGAACGUGUCCAAGGCCAUCAUCGAGGGUAGCAUCGACGCCGGCAUCGGCCUCGAGAACGUGCAGAUGGUCGAGCUCGAGGAGUGGCUGGCCGCCCAGGGCCGGCCCAAGACCGACGUGCAGAUGCUGCGCAUCGACGAGCUGGCCGAGCUCGGCUGCUGCUGCUUCUGCUCCAUCCUGUACAUCGGCAACGAGAGGUUCAUCGCCGAGAACCCAGACAAGGUGCGCGCCUUCCUGCGCGCCGUCAAGCGCGCCACCGACUUUGUCCUGGCCCAGCCCGAGCAGGCCUGGGCCGAGUACGUCGACUUCAAGCCCGUCAUGGGCUCGGCGCUGAACCGCAAGAUCUUUGAGCGCAGCUUUGCCUACUUCUCGCGCGACCUGAAGAAUGUCAAGCGCGACUGGGAGAAGGUCACCAAGUAUGGAAAGCGUCUUGGCGUGCUGGAUGCGUCCUUCGAGCCAAACUACACUAACGAGUUCCUCGAGUGGACGCUGGAGGCUGACUCCAAGGACCCGACUGGUGACCAGAAGCGGAUGGCUGCCCUGCAGAAGGAUAUCGCUCAGGUUGGCGGCUUCCAGCGCCUCGAGAGCAAGGUUGCGGCUUAA